AUCAAAAAUAAUCGGACUGUACACGUGUUUGCAAGCAAAGAAGUGAUUCUGUGCGCGGGUGCUGUCGGAUCACCACAAUUGUUGAUGCUUUCUGGUAUCGGACCAGAGAAACACCUUACUAAACUAGGCAUUGACGUCGUAAAAAAUGCACCCGUUGGCGAGAAUCUUAUGGACCACGUAAAUUUCUGUGGAUUAGCGUGGACAAUAAACACAUCGAUAAAUUUACAAUCAUGCCUGCUGAAUCCCGUUAAUCCGUAUAUAAAGGAAUUUUUAAUAAAGCGAAUGGGACCGUUGACAGUUCCUGGCGGUUUUGAAGCUAUCCUUUUCGUCAACACAAAAGAUCCAGAAAAACACAGUGGUUCACCGGACACAGGAUUAAUUUUUACCGCUGCUGUGCCGAAAAAAUUGCUUAGCACUUAUGCGCCAAAUCUUAAAGAUCAUCUUUCUCAGGAUUUGAUCAACGAUACUUGGUUUAUUUGUCCAAUGUUGUUGAAACCAAAAAGUCGUGGUAGAAUAAUGUUAUUGGCUAAUGACGUCAACGUUAAACCAGAGAUCGUACCAAACUAUUUGGAUGAUCCAAACGACGUCAAGACGAUGAUCGCCGGUAUUAGAACUGCAUUAAAAAUUGGUCAAACAAAGACAAUGCAAGCGUUCGGUUCUCAAUUGGUCAAUGUUACUCAUACGGAGUGCGACAACUACGAGAAUGAUUCUGAUGCUUAUUGGGAAUGUAUGAUAAGGUUAUUAUCUUCCACAGCUUAUCACGCUUGCGGCACUUGUAAAAUGGGACCUCGUGGAGACCCGACUGCUGUCGUCGAUCCUAGAUUAAAGGUGAUUGGUGUUCAAAAAUUACGAGUAGCAGAUGCGUCCAUCAUGCCUGUAAUUAUAUCGGGACAUCCAAACAUACCUACUUAUAUGAUUGCCGAGAAAGCAGCGGAUAUGAUAAAAAAAGAAUGGGGUUACUUGAAAAAGUCGUGAUAGUAACGAACUUUCAUGAAAUAAUUAUAUCAUAUUUUUACUAGCCCUUUAUAAUUACAGUGAGCAAAAUAAUAUUUCUCAUAAAUUUUGAUUUACGAGAAGAAACCAUACAGCACAGAUAAAGGACACAGUAUAUUAUAUAAUAGAUUCUUCACCCAUUCUAAUGAAAUGAUUUCUUGAAAAUGACCCAAGCGCUCCACGAUGAAAAAUAAAUAAAAUGUAUUUUGUAUUUUUACUUUCUAAUAUUGAAAAUUUGUUUUCAAUU